AAAAACAAAUAGAUAUUUUACUAUUACUUUCCUCGUGAACCAAGUGUUUUGAUUUCUAGAGUAAGUUUGUUCUAUUAUGCUUCUUCUUUUUCAUAAUCUAUUGUAAUGAUAUUUUUCAGAUCUAAGUAAAGAGAAGUUUUCUUUCUUCAUCAAUCUCUUUUUUCUCCUUACUUACUCUCUCAGUCUCAUCCAUUCUUUAUUUCUCCAUCUUUUUCACACUAUAUUCACUAAAUUCUCAUGUGGUAUCAGAGCUUCCAAACUCCUAAAAACCUAUAAAGCUUCUGUAAAUCAAGCACAAGCUCACCCUCAUUGUUGUUUAAACUAUUGGAGAAGUUUCUGUCUUAUGUGUAUUUCUGUCUUAUGCUCUUGAAUAUAAAACGUUCGUGUAACAAUUUCUACAAUCAAUUUUAUAUAUGCACCAGGCAUGCCGUAUCAUCUGUUUAGAUAUCUUUCGAAAGAGUGCCAGUAAAAACGACUGUACUACAAAACCAUUAAUCAACUUUUUGAAUUGUUUAAACGGAAAGGACCAUUUGCAUUUCGCUUUCUCAUGCGGCCGCUAGAUGUCAUCACGUCACUAGGCCACUUUAGGUCCACUUUUCAAAUAAACAAAGAAACUCCCACUUUGAUCCACCUGGAUCACAUACAAACCCUAUUUUACCUUUUUGUAUUUAACCUUCUUUAAUCAGCCAAAACAGCCAAAACACCAAAACAAAUCAGAAAUCUCUUAUGGACCACUUCUCUUGCAAGGGUACGAACAAGAUGACCAGGAGGUCCCACGCUAUUGUCGGCUUUAGACCGUGUUGUUUCUUUUGUGUCAUGGAAGAAAAAGACCCUUGUGUUAGAAAAGCAUGGUUACAGUUAUCUCUUAGAGAUAUGCACAUGACAAGAGACGACACAGAGCUCGCUCUCACACUCAGUUUCAUCUGGAGAUUCGCCAUUGACGACCCCGAGAACCCCGAGUUACCGUCUCUAGGAGUCUUCGAGUGUAUGACAAAGUUGUUGAAGAAAAGUCUUGAGGAUGUAGAAUGGGUAAUGACUGGUCAAAAUGUGUAUGUUCCAUACUAUGCAGCUCAUAUCAUUGGAUCUUACACCAUGAAGAAGCCUAAUUUUGCUGUGAGAGCUGUGGAGGCCGGUGUCAUCGCUCCGUUAGUGGAGCUUAUGAGAGGGAAAAUGAGUUGGGUCGAGCAAAGAGUGGUAGUUAGGGCGUUAGGUCACUUGGCGAGCUACGAGAUGACGUUUGAGGCAGUGGCUGGUUACGAGAAUGAAGUGGUGAGAUUAGCCAUGGACAUUGCAACGACAUGUGUAUAUGUUGUGUACGAAGAGUUUCUGAGUGUUCAAGAAAGAGAAGGAAGAGUGAGAUAUCAUUGUGACUUGCUUACAAGAGGACUUGGAGGGGUAGAGAUGGAAGACCGAAAAGCUGAGGAAUGGGCAAGCCAACUCCAAUGCUGGUCACUUCAUUUACUCAGUUGCUUUGCCUACAAGCAAAUGUCUAUUUCUCUUAUUUGCAACAAAAACUUUCUCAAGGAGCUUAGCCAGAUGUGGGGUGGAUUGGUUAACCACACUCCUGCAGGCAUCGGGCUAGUCCGGAUUCUUUGUUAUAGCAAACAAGGGCGAGGACAUGUUUCAAAUUCCAGAGAAAUGAUAUUGAGCCUAUGCAAUCUCUCCCGGUCUUCUGAUGAUUGGCAAUACAUGGGUAUAGAUUGUCUAUUGCUUCUACUCAAAGACCAAGAAACAAGGUAUAAAGUCUUACAGACAUCAUUGUUUUAUCUAGUAGACCUAGUUGAGCUUAAAGCUCUUAAUGAUAGAGCAAACCUAGGUGAUAGGAUAACCAAGGUUCUUCUAAUGGAUAACAAUAAAAAGAAAGGUUGUCUUUACACAUACAAGGCUCAAAAGGCUUUGAAAGAAAUAUGGAGGAUUAAAGUUGAGAGGAGAAAGAGGGAGAGAAAGUAUAUAGAGAGAGAUAAUCAAGAAAAGUUGGCAGAGGCUAGUGUAGUUGUGAAUUUGAUUAAGCAGCAAGCAAAUCAAUUGCUUUGUGUAGGAGACAUAGACGGAGCUAUUAAAUGCUACAACGAAGCAAUAGGCUUAUGCCCUUUGAAACUUAGGAGAAAGAGAAUGAGUCUAUAUAGCGAUAGAGGAGAGUGUUACUUACUUAUUGGAGAUGCAGACGCAGCCAUAAGUGAUUGCACAAGAGCUCUUUGCUUGUCUGAACCCGUGAACUCGCAUGGUAAGAGUCUCUGGACAAGGUCAAGAGCUUAUGACAUCAAAGGGCUUUCAAGAGAAAGCUUGAUGGACUGUAUCAUGUUCGUUAGUGUCCGGUGCUUUCGUGGAAAAAUCCCUUACUAUGCUGCUCAAAUGAUCAGCAAACAGAUGGAGUCAACGUGGCUGUUUGAAGAGGCUAGAGCAAGGAGGCUUCGAAAGAUGAUGCUCAAAGACAAAAUUCAUGGCUUAUCCACGAUAACAGAAGAACCGGGGAAGAAGGAUAUGAUGAUACAAAGGAAGAAACCUGAUCCCUUGGACUGAUGAAUCUAUGUAGCAUCUAGCUAGCUACUCUUAUCUCAUAAACAAGUUUUAUUUUCUGCAUUUUGUUCUUAAGAUAGAAAGAUUAGU